CCAAAUCAUCAUGUCUAACGUGGCCGACGUUGUUCGUGCCGGACUGCUUGCAUCCUUCACAGGCGGUUGGUACUUCGACCCUCACGCCGGCGCGUUCAGCUUUACCAAUGCGGCUCACCUCUAUCUCUGGCUCUUCCUUUUCUGUUACCCCUUCUCUCUCUUCUUGGCUGCCGGUUCGUCGCCUGCGGUCUGGAGUGUCUACCCUCUUACCAUCGCUUUGCUCUUUCUGGUCGUGAAGUAUUUGAAUCGGAUGCUGCAUCGAAUGUUUGACGGCGACACGGAGACGGGCGCGGACAGAGACGGCGAGGAGGAGGUCGAGGAGCAAAGUCGUGGCGGUAAGAAGGUUGUGGGAGCUGAGGAGGGGGACGGUGAGACCAAUGGUGGACUUGGAUGUGGAGCUAUUCGUUUAGAGCGGCUGGCUGGCGGUGCGGAAGAGGAAAGGGAAGAAGAGAGAGCGUCGGAGUUGGAGACGACUUUUGUUACAGAAGCUGGAGAAACUUCUAAUGCUGCUAAGUUUGCUGAUGGCGAGCAAAGACAGAAACAAGAGAAAGUAGACAAACUUGAUUCAUUUGGAAGAGAAACGCCCAGUGAUAAUUCUCACUCAGAUGACGGCUUGCCAUAUAUACCACAGCAACAGCGACCUGCGCACAUUGAAGGGGAAGAGUUAGCAGCAGCUCUUGCCAGCUUGCCGAGAAGACACGUCAGUGAUCCAGUCUUGUCUCUCAGAACGACAGAAGUCAAUGUCACUGUACAUGAUGUGCCGUGUGAGUCUGUUGCCAGACAAGCAAGUGAAAACAGUGCACUUGGUUCGUCACCCGUGAAAGACACGGACAUCACAACGUCUACAUCAGAUAUAGAACCGGCCACCCAAUCGAUCGCAACGUCACAUAGUUUAAGCGACGUUGCCAGUGUUGCCAUCUCUACUUGCUCAUACGUUCCGACUCCUCUCGAGCGGCUCAAACAACAGGAACGAAAUAAGCAGCCAGAACUUGAUGAUGGCAUCGUAGAAGACACCAAAACUAAAGAUCAGAUUAGAAGUGAAAACAAUGUGAGUGAUGACACAAUGAAAACAAGAGACGGUGGCAAAAUUGCUGCUGCUCUAUUGACAUCUCUGGAAGAGAGAACAUCAUUGAGGACGACACCUCUGAGCUAUAACCCCGAGGAAGAGACAACACUGUUGAGUAGGACAACACGGAGUAAUACUGUCGAGAACAUGAGUGUGUCAGAAAGACUCGCUGCUGCUGGUGUUAGUGCGGACUUGGUGUUACAGUUGGCUGGAGGCGGCUCCUCCGAUGGGUCUGUGAUUCAUAUCGCGACAUCUGACCUCGAUACAUCGGCGGGCGCCGUGCAUUGUUACCAAGAUGAGUUCGGUCAACUUCAGGCAUACUUGUUCGACGUGUCUGGUAAUGGAGAGAUGAUUGAACUCAAUAUGCCAGUUGAUAUACCACUCGUGUCUAGCAUUGAUAGUAACCAUUGGACAGUUAAUUCGAUGUCGUCUGUAUCAACACUGGAUACUAAUCCUAACGGCACCAGACCACGACUUAGUGAGGCUGCGAAUCGUUCCCAAGAGCACGAUAUACAGUCUAUCCAUUCCGAGGGUGUCACACAAGAACCGGAAGUGAAAUAUCACUUCAAACUUUUUUCAGGUUUUACACUGCCGGUAAAGUUUGAUCGCCUUGCUCUAGUCACCGUUUUCGAUCGAGAUAAGAACUGGCUGGAUAUAAUUCUGUCGGCUUUUAUGGCGACAGCUGUCAGCAUCCUGGGCUAUUGGCUUUUGGUGAAGGAUUUUUAUUUUGACUUUUGGAUUCUUUGGUUCUGCUUUGUCAUGGGAUCAUGCCAGUACUGUCUGAUGAAGAGUGUUGAUCCUGACUCUGCUUCUCCUGCCCAUGGAGACGGUUCUAUUAAUCGCCUCAGCCGAGCCGUCUACUUUUGUAUCAUUGCAGUCAUUAUCCUUAUCGUGGAUGCCAUUAUCUCAUCAAACAGCGAGUGGGAUAGCGUGCGUCUUUAUGGCUUGCCGCUUUUUUCCAGGUCGACAACAGAGUUAGUGAGAGAUGCAUUGGCAGUUGUACUCUUGUGCUUUCCCAUUUUGUUUCUUCUGGGAUUGCUUCCGCAAGUGAACACGUUUGCAACUUACGUGUUGGAGCAAGUGGAUAUUCACGUGUUUGGAGGAACAGCUGCUACCAGUUUUGGGUCGGCAUUGUUUAAUCUGGUACGAAGUAUGGUCUCAGUGGCAGUUCUGUAUGGAUUUGCUUAUUCUGCUUCCAACAGUUACAAGCCUAACAAAACGGUCAUUUUUUCUGUGUUUAUUGGACUUCUUGUUGGAGUUUCGUAUCUUCAAAGUCGACUCGUCAGUUGUCCCAAAUUGAUAUGGGAGGUCGUUGCACAUGCAUUUGGCUUACAGAACGAAACUGCUGUGCCAGACGGUGACGUGGAGGAUCCUUUGCCUCUCCAGCUGCGAACUGCUGUUCGAAAACGUCUCUCUGCUGAUAUUUUGACAUCUUUAGUAGUGACUGUCGUGUUUGUAGGUGUUCAUGCCAGUUCAGCUUUUGCCACUUUACAGCCGGAUCUAGAGUCAACUCUGUAUAUCAUGGCUGCUGUCAUUGGAAUCGUUACUCAUUAUUUGCUGCCACAACUGAGAAAGCAGUUGCCGUGGUUGUGCUUUGCCAAUCCGAUCUUGAAGUCAGCUGAAUACAAACGAUACGAGGUGACAGCCGCCGCCAAGCUGAUGUGGUUCGAACGUAUGGAGUCAUGGCUUGGCUUUCUAGAACGCAACGUCAUGUAUCCAGCAGUUUUUAUGAGUGGAUUGACAUCAGGCUUUCCAUCAAUCCUAGAGAAAUUUGGCUCAGGAGCUGGAGCACUUAUUGUCACGAUAUGCGGUCUAAAAAUGAUGCAAAACGGAUUUGUCCGUACCUCGUGGCAGUUUGUUGUCGUUUCGUUUACAGUCCUUCUGUUCAAAUACGAUUUCCCCAAGAAAGACUCAUCAUACUGCCAAACAGCAUUCUGUUCGGAAACGUUUCCUAUUGACUACUUUUUUGUUGCAUUGUUUCUAAGCAAGUUUUAUGAGUUGGUGCAGAAGAUGAAAUUUGUUCUUGUCUACAUUGUUCCUUGGCAGAUACCUUGGGGCUCUGCAUUUCAUGCGUUUGCUCAGCCGCUGAGCAUUCCACAUUCUGCGAUGUUGUUUUUCCAGUUGGUUGUUUCUGCUGUCUUGUCUGCUCCGUUGAGCCCUUUGGUGGGUAGUGGUAUCUUCCUCACGUCGUACGUUCGUCCCGUGAAGUUUUGGGAGAGAGACUACAAUACCAAGAGAGUUGAUCACUCCAACACACGUCUUGCAGCUCAACUUGACAGAGAUCCUGGGGGAGAUGACAACAAUUUGAAUUCCAUAUUUUAUGAACAUCUCACUCGUUCUCUACAGCAGACGUUAGCUGGUGAUCUUGCACUCGGACGAUGGGGACAGUACACGACGGGCGAUUGCUUUAUCCUUGCUUCAGACUAUUUGAAUGCGCUAGUGCACAUUAUCGAGAUAGGAAACGGUCUUGUGACGUUUCAGCUUCGAGGACUGGAGUUUCGAGGAACUUACUGUCAGCAGAGAGAAGUUGAAGCAAUCACAGAAGGUGUCAAUGACGACGAAGGAUGUUGCUGUUGCUCUCCCGGUCACAUUCCUGGAAUGUUGUCCGUCAACGCCGCAUUCUCCACCCGCUGGCUGGCAUGGGAAGUAACGACGGAGAAGUACGUUUUAGAGGGCUACAGCAUCACAGACAACAAUGCGGCAUCCAUGCUUCAAGUCUUUGAAUUGAGAAAGAUCUUAGUCACAUACUACGUGCAGGCAAUAAUAUACUACGCGUUGACAUCGCCGAAGCUCGAAGAAUGGCUUUCCAUGCCUGCACUCGAGGAGAAUGUCUACACAAAGCAGCAAAAUGAUUUAAGUUUUAGGGACGUGGAUCCGGCAUUCCAUGCGAGCGUCGACGAAGAUUUUGACGAACGUGUUAGGGGCGUGUCAAGAAAACGGUUUGUGGAGAUGUACCACUCGUGGAUAAAGUACUGUAUAGAGAGGGGUUCAUUACAAGUCGACAAUGCAAAACAGCAUUCAAUCGUCAGCUUGUGUUUCUCUCUCAGCGUUUUAGGACGACGUGCUCUGGGAUCUGCUGCACAGAACCAAAUUACUGUGCUUGAGUCUUUCUUGUACGGCCUUCAUGCGUUGGUCAAGGGAGAUUUCAGGAUUACGUCGUCGAAAGACGAGUGGGUGUUUGCCGAUAUGGACUUGCUGAACAAAGUCGUGUUAAGCGGUGUCAGGAUGGCACUGAAGUUGCAUCAGGAUCACUUUGCUGCGCCUGACGAAUACGACGAUCCGCAAGUGUUGUAUGAUACUAUCAGAGACCUCGAUGAGACAAUGGUGAUAUGCCAUGAAGGCGAUCCCGCGUGGCGACAUGCCGUACUCUCCAGCAGGCCGUCGCUCUUGUCAUUACGGCAUGUGGUCAACGAAGGAACGGGCGAGUACAAAAUCAUCAUGCUGAACAGGCGCUUCCUAAACUUCCGAGUUGUGAAGGUAAACAGUGAGUGCGUUCAGGGUUUAUGGGCCGGACAGCAGCAAGAGCUUGUCUUCUUCCGAAACAGUAAUCCCGAACGUGGUUCGAUUCAGAAUGCCAAGCAAGUGUUGAGAAACAUGAUCAAUAGCUCGUGCGAUCAGCCGAUAGGCUAUCCGAUCUACGUGUCUCCGUUGACGACGUCGUUCGCUCUGACUCACAGUCAACUGAGUCACGUCACCGGUCGACUUAUAACGUUUGGACUCGUCGGCCAUUGGGUCCAGUCCCUGUAUCGAAGGAUUCGCGCUUGUAUUCACGAGAGACGUCGGAAUCCGUGCUUCAGCAGCAGUGCACCAACGACAUCGGCACCGGCUGCUGCUUCCGGAAGCAUGAGUCUCUCUCGAAGAGAAAUCAAUCAGUACCAGUCAACACCAACGUUUGGUCGGACACCGAGUGCCCACCUUUAUCGUCAUAACAUUGGAAGUCACCUUGCCAGUAGUUCGAGUAUUGAGUUCGGCAUGGGAGGCAGUAGUAGUAAUGCUCUGGGGUCCGUUCAGACUGUCAGUUCGAAAGGAUCCGUUGCGAGCGAGAGCAAUCUCGAGAAGCUCACAACAACAGUGGACAAAAAGUUGUACCGCAUGGGCGCAAUUGAAAUAAACGAUGUGGUUCAGAUCACGGAUACCGCACUGAUUUAUCGUCGAAGCAACGUUGAGGUUCAUGGUGGGAGUUCGUCGAGUCUUCUCUGGCCAAAUGAGGAAUGGAGGGCGAAGGGCGGUACGAGUGGUUGGGAUGGAUGGUUUCCACAAGUUGGGAGUCGAGGGAAAGUGGUGCAUCUGUGGAGGCCGUAUCAUCCGGAUCCGUAUCAGAGAAGUACUGUACUGUACCGAGACUGUACGUUGCUGCUGCUGGAGAUGGACAGUCGAUAUGUUCCGAUUCUUGAGUCUGGCGUAGCUGUACAGGUGUAAUGAAGGUAACUCAGUUGUAGUGAUUUUGUUGAGUGCUGUAUGUAUCGAAGUUUAGGAAUUAUUGGUUGUGUGGUUAACUAAUAUUGAUGUACACAAAUACAUAGAUAUUUGAUACUAUUUAUCAACAG